AUGUUCGCCAACGCGCUGCCCAUCCGUGCCAAAAUCCUCCGUGAAAUGUCCUACAUGAGGCGGAGUCUGCUCGACAGCACGCUCAGGCGCCGGAUGAUGCCCAUGGCUGGGUGGAGCAGCAACAGCACCGACGAUUGGGAGCCGAUUCCGUGCCAUUAUCGUGUGACCAAUAACCCUGUGUGUCGUCCCGUUGCCGUGAGCCGACCCAAGUACUUUCGGCGGCCGGAGAACUGCAGGACGGACGAGGAGCUGGCCGGAGAUCCGCGUAGCUCUCUGGGAGUGUUUUCGCGGUGCAACAUUCCGUACAGACCCCAGGCCAAGUGCAUGAGCUCGUGCGGGCAGCGCAUCGACAAGACCAUGUACCGGCCGAGUCGUAGCCUGCACCGCGUCUACCAGCAGCACUGGGUGGAGGAGAAACGCUACCGGAAACCGCGACGCAGAUGCCGUAUCGUUCCGGCGGAAGUAUCGAUGCGGCUUCCAGGGAAGAAGUGCGACGAACUGCCCAAGAAGAUUUGCCACGUCUACGCUCGCAUCAAAUGCCCGAAGCUGGCUGACUUCAUACACCGAAGGUGUCCGAGGGUGAGGAUGUGCCACUGUAAGCCCGUGGCCGGCAACACCAGCUGCCUUCGCGGCCCCAAGCACAGCAAACGCCAGCGUCGCCGCACCCAGUAUCCCAGUUACUCCGAGUGCUUCUCCGAGACGAAUGCAGCGAGGCCCUGUGAGUGUCGCUGCUUGGCGGCCCCACCACUCUGCGAUAUGUUCAGCUUCGCCAGGGACCAGCGACGACCUCAGAACAACAUUUAA